AUGGCCUGGCGGGGCGCAGGGCCGAGCGUCCCUGGGGCGCCCGGGGCCGUCGGGCUCCGUCUGCGGCUGCUGCUGGGGCUGCUGCUGCUCUCGGGGCCGGCUCGGGGCUUCGGGGACGAGGAGGAGCGGCGCUGCGACCCCAUCCGCAUCUCCAUGUGCCAGAACCUGGGCUACAACGUGACCAAGAUGCCCAAUCUGGUGGGGCACGAGCUGCAGACGGACGCCGAGCUGCAGCUGACAACUUUCACGCCGCUCAUCCAGUACGGCUGCUCCAGCCAGCUGCAGUUCUUCCUUUGUUCCGUGUACGUGCCAAUGUGCACAGAGAAGAUCAACAUCCCCAUCGGCCCGUGCGGCGGCAUGUGCCUUUCUGUCAAGAGACGCUGUGAACCUGUCCUGAAGGAAUUCGGGUUCGCCUGGCCCGAGAGCCUGAACUGCAGCAAGUUCCCGCCCCAGAAUGACCACAACCACAUGUGCAUGGAGGGGCCAGGAGACGAGGAGGUGCCGUUACCCCACAAAAACUCCAUCCAGCCCGGGGAAGAGUGCCAUUCCGUGGGAACCAACUCCGAUCAGUACAUCUGGGUGAAAAGGAGCCUGAACUGCGUCCUCAAGUGUGGCUACGAUGCCGGCCUGUACAGCCGCUCGGCCAAGGAGUUCACCGACGUCUGGAUGGCUGUAUGGGCCAGCCUGUGCUUCAUCUCCACCGCCUUCACCGUGCUGACCUUCCUCAUCGACUCCUCCAGGUUUUCCUACCCGGAGCGCCCCAUCAUAUUUCUCAGUAUGUGCUAUAAUAUUUAUAGCAUUGCUUAUAUUGUCAGGCUGACGGUGGGCCGGGAGAGGAUAUCCUGCGAUUUUGAAGAGGCAGCAGAACCCGUUCUCAUCCAAGAAGGACUUAAGAACACAGGAUGUGCAAUCAUUUUCUUGCUGAUGUACUUUUUCGGAAUGGCCAGCUCCAUCUGGUGGGUCAUCCUGACGCUCACCUGGUUUUUGGCAGCCGGACUCAAAUGGGGUCACGAAGCCAUUGAGAUGCACAGCUCCUAUUUCCACAUCGCAGCCUGGGCCAUCCCCGCAGUGAAGACGAUCGUCAUCUUGAUCAUGAGGCUGGUGGAUGCGGAUGAACUCACGGGCCUGUGCUACGUGGGGAACCAAAACCUCGAUGCCCUCACCGGCUUCGUGGUGGCCCCCCUGUUCACUUACCUGGUGAUCGGAACUCUGUUCAUCGCGGCAGGCCUGGUGGCCUUGUUCAAAAUCCGGUCGAACCUUCAGAAGGACGGGACAAAGACGGACAAGUUGGAAAGGCUGAUGGUCAAGAUCGGGGUCUUCUCGGUCCUGUACACGGUUCCCGCCACCUGCGUGAUCGCCUGUUAUUUCUAUGAAAUCUCCAACUGGGCGAUUUUCCGCUAUUCCGCAGACGACUCCAAUAUGGCCGUCGAAAUGUUGAAAAUCUUUAUGUCUCUGCUGGUGGGCAUCACCUCCGGCAUGUGGAUUUGGUCUGCCAAAACGCUUCACACCUGGCAGAAGUGUUCCAACAGAUUGGUGAAUUCUGGGAAGGUAAAGAGAGAAAAAAGAGUGAAUGGUUGGGUAAAGCCUGGGAAAGGCAAUGAAACGGUGGUGUGA